AUCAAGAGGAUUUGGGUUCCCAAUCCCCAUUUAUUUGUGUGAGGGCAGCUGUGGGCAGGCCUGACUUCCUGUCUCUCUCAAUAAUAGCAGGUGCCCUCUGUUCUGAAAGGGAUUGUCUUCCUUUUACAGGUGGAAUAAUUUGUUUUUCCAUUCCUCAUCCCCAUUACUCCAGCCCCUUCCCUCUGUUGGGAGCAUAGACUAGGGAUUAGUGUGAGCUGGGUUCUUCUCUCCCUAACUCUGCCACUGAAUUACACUUUGGCAAGUUGCUUCCCCCGCUCUGUGCCUCAGUUUCCCCAUCUGAUAAAUCGGUCAUAUGUCUGCAAAGGGCGGUCAUCUAAGGAGGAGUGGGUCUUUAGAUCAGACUGUUGCCCCAUCAGGUUAGGUAUUGGGCAUCGUGCUUUGGGGGAAGGCAGCAACUCCACCAGUUAGUUAGGUACCUUUGAGGAUCUGGGCCCAGGUGGCCGUACUACCCUCACUCCUGAGCUGGGCUUUAUGCAAACCACCCCCUCUCCGUGUCCAUGGGGGAUUAGCUCCCUCUGCCGAUCCUGGAGAGGGGAGGGGGCACCAGAGGUUUCGACAGCUUUAUGACGAGUGAUUUAUGUCCCCGUUCACAAAUCAAAAGAACAGUUGCAGCAGCACACCGAGGGCUGGCUGGGCAGGACUCUUCCCUCCUGAGCCUUUUCCAAGGGCGUGAGCUAGAGAUUUUCUCCGCACUCCCCUUCCAACCCCCUUGCUGCUCAUCAACACUCCACCCCAUUCACACCCCCUUCUCUCCACCCCUACGGCGGGGGGAGCCGUCCGCUGGGAGUGUCCCAGCCCUGGCAGACCCCUCCCCGCAAACCGCGGCUAGGAGCCCACCGAGGGGGGCCGGGCUGAAUCCGGCAGAGCGAGCGCCCGGAGCCUGCAGCCCGCACCCGGGGGCAGGGUUGGUGCCUGGCCGGUGCCAAGCGCACAAGCCCCGCGAGGGGACGCGCCGGAGCCGGUGUCCGCUCAGAGCUGCGGGGAGAUGCUGAGGAGGCGGCGGGUCUUCGCCGUGGAGCCGCUCUGGAGCCGAGAUGGCGCACGGAAGCCCUGGGAGAGCUGCGUGGUGCUAACCUCGGCCAGCAUCUACCGCAAGCUGCAGGAAGCCUCUGGAGAGAGCACGGCUCCCGCUCCCGAGCCACAGCGGGGCAGCAGAAUGAGCGGCGAGCUGGGCUUAUGGGACCAGGCCGGGUCACCAACGGAGCCUGGCCUCCCCCACCAGCUGGGCCUCUUCCCAAAGAGCGGGUGGCUCCUCAAGUCGGAGUCGGAGGACUCUGGGGUGGAGAUGGCCGGCAAUGAGAACUCGCCCUCCACCCCGCUGGGCUCGGAGAGCAGCUUCUCCCUGGACUGUCUUGAUGGCUUCCAGCCCUCCACCGCAGACUCUGCUGCCAGCGACCCAGAGGAGGGCUGCCCCGAAGCAGAGGAGCCGGAGCCUCUCCGGGAGCGGGCCUGCCUCCGAAACCUGUCGGUCAGCAAGAAGCUGGCCCAGGUGAUGCAGCGCUCCGGGAAGCUCCGUGCGCCCAGCCGCUCUCCCAAGCCGCUCGGCCGGAAGAGCCUGAACCUGGUGGACCUGGAGCUGUUGGCUUCUUACGGCUCGCAGGGGCUGAGCGGUCAAGGUGGGGCUGCAGAGGGGCACAGCCAAGCCGUCUCCGGCCACCGGAGCCUAGAGGAACAGAGCACCGAGUCCUGUGGGGAGGAGGUGGAGGUGCGGAGAGACCCCUCUUUAACCCUGCCGGGCCAGGGCCUGCGCUACCUGGAGCACGUCUGCUUGAUGCUGGAGAGGAUUGCCCAACUGCAGCAGGCCAACUUGCAGCUCCAGCAGCAGCAGAAGGCGAUGGAGAGCCGGCUGUGGGGCCAGCAGGCUGAGAAUGCGAUGCCCUCUGAGGAGAGGCCAUGCAGAGCCCCAGAAGAGCGGGGACCGUCCAAGCCGGACCCGGCACCUGAGAGCAGGGCGGAGGUGGAAAUGCAGGAGGAGGAUUUGCCUCUGGACUCUUGGAGGCCCCACCACUUCAGGGCGCGUUCGGUCUCAGAUACCGGGGUGCUCCAGGACCUGACCAGGAGCUCAGAGAACGAGCCGGUUUGCUCCAGGAAGACGGCAAUGCACUGCGUCAGUUCACCCACCCUGCUGGAUCAGCCGGACUGGGGAGCCCAUACCCUACCGCCAAACAUGAGAGCCAGGAACGAGCGCUCGCACUGGGGGAAAGUCAAAGUGCUGAUCAACAGGAUCACCAGGAAAUCCAUCCGGGCCAGCGAGCCCUCCCCGUUCAGGGAGUCUGCCGUCGAUAGCAGACGCUGUCGUCUGGAGGCUUCACUGGAGAAACAAGGCUCCCACCCCAGGAGGAGCUUCCUGCCAGCGCUGGGGGUGAAGAAACACCGCUCGAAAACCCUCUCUGUGCGCUGAGCGCCCCGAGGCUGCGGGAGCCUCUUGGAGACGUGAAGGAUUUAAAGCUGCUGAGGCUUCCCUGCCGUGAGCGGGGGAGCAGUACGUACUCUCCACAAAGGGUCCCCUUCAUCCCACUGCCCCCUCGACGCUGGUUUGGAUUUCCCAGUCUCGCCUGCUUCGAUGAGGUUGAUGGGAUUUCUGGCUCUUCCAUGGAAGAAGGAGGGCAGCGAGGGGCGGGUGUUGCUCUGUCUUCUGUUCCUGUGGAGCUGUGACGUAGAAGCCAAGCAACUGCGGAUCAAGCCUGCCUAGACAUCUGAACACUGGGGUGCACGCUCUUCCCUACUAACCCCUCGUGGUGGGCAUGCUUAGGAGGCCUGUUCCUCCAUUGAGGCAGGUCCUCAAGGAAUCUGGGUGAGCCCCAGAAGGCCUCUGGUGUCUGUUUACACGCACACUCGCUCACUCUCUUUCCCAGCAUCUCCCUCUGGGUAUGUUUGUCUUUAGCAGGCUGGUUCUGAAAUCUUGCUACUUCCUAGCUUGCAGCGUGCUGCUGCAGAAGCUAGGAGGCACUCCCGCUGCACUGCUCGCUGACUCUCUCCCACCACCUUCAUCCUCCUGUGACUGCAGGCAGCUCCAAGGCUGCUCUUGGUAUCAGGGUCUCAAGGGUGGGUAACAAGGAGCAUUGACCACUGGGCUGCUCUCCUGCAGACCUUAACUGAACUACGGGGCUGACCUGUGUGCAACCGGAAGUCUCCCUUUCUCCUAAGGGGAUGUCCAUCCAAGCUCCCAUUCUGUUCAGACCCCUGCGUAGGCUGGGAUUCCAGCGCUGGGGUCUCUGCACAGCAGUGAGAAAUCCCCGGCAUUGUCAAAUGUGAACGAACUCCUCUGACCGCUUAGUGGCCCGCUACUAGCACCUGGUCAAUUUGUAAAUGCACCAGUGUAUUUGUAUGUAAUGUGUUUAUAUGGUCUCAUGGAGAGAGGUGCUUAUGGAGGCUGAUGGAUUCUUAGACACUUAAGAAAAAUAAAUUCCCACUUGAGUUUUGCAUCCUGA